AUGGCAGAGUCUACAUCUGCGAGCUGUAUCAAAUGGAUACUCAACAUUAUGAAUUUGAUAUUUUUCAUCCUCGGCCUUGCCAUGUUAGGUGUCGGCGGUUACAUCUACCACCAAGUUAACAAUUUCAGCGAUGUGGCAUCAGACACGUUCCAAGGAAUCGCAAUAUUUAUCCUCUGUCUCGGCGCUUUCAUAUUUUUGCUCUCGUUCUUCGGCUAUUUUGGCACACUCAAGGAAAAUGUUUGCAUGACAACUACCUACAGCGUGAUUCUUUUGGUCCUUUUUCUCCUGGAGCUUUCCGCAGCGAUUUACGGAUUUGUGCAAAAAGAUGAAGUGAGCAAUUCAAUCAAAACCUUCGCUUUUGAUGCGAUGGACAGCUGGAACGAGACUGCUAUUCAAAAUUCCUGGAAUACCAUUCAGAAAUCUUUCGACUGCUGCGGCGUGGACCACUACAGAGAUUGGUCAAACGCGACGGGCCAUGGCGAGACAUUCCUCACUUGGGCCAGCGCAAACGGCUGGGACCCGAACGGAACGACGCUGAACACAGAGUACCCUGUUCCCGAUUCUUGCUGCGUCACCGCCGCGGAGAACUGUGGUCUUUCUUACAACGUGAAAAACGCUACGGACGCCCUUAGACCUGCCGGAAGCGAUCAAGGCUGUGCUGACGGCGUCGCGAACUGGCUGAUCGACCACAUCGGAAUGAUCGCCGGCCUGGCCGCUGGAAUCGCAGUUCUAGAGCUCAUCGGCGUCGUUUUCGCCUGCUACCUGGUCAAGAGCGAAGGUGGCUUCUCGGCAUACGGCUAUUACGCCUAA